AUGGCGGCGCCAUCGCUACGCCAUGCCGACGUGGUGAGCAGAUGUCUCGGCAGGUCCAACGGCUUUGAUCCGAGUUGUUGCGGCGUGGCUUUAUCAGCAGAGGGGCUUACGGGAGACUCAGCUAAGGCUCGCAAGCAGCCGGGCAGCCCGGCGGGCGUGGGCUUGGCAAAGCGCGAUUUGGAUGCAGUUGGCUUGGACGACAGCUCGUCGGAUGGUGCUCACGACUCUCUCUUGGAGGAGGGUGACGAUAUGCACGGCCUUCACCACCGCAUGAUGGACAUUCAAAAGGAGAAAGCGGAUCUCGAAAUGCAGCUCGCGCGAUGGAAGGCAAAGGCUGACAAGCUAGAUCAUGAAAUCAAGCACUUGGAGGGGAAAGAGAGGAUCAUUGCAGACAGGCUUGACAACCACAGCUCCCAGUCGGACGCGGAGGAUGAUACUCCACCUGGGCCAGAAUGUGUUCACUUUGUUGAUGGCGCGCUCUUCAAUGCCUUUUCCAUGUUCAUUGUCUUCAUCAACGUGGUCAUCAUGGUCGGCAAGCAAUAUUGGGAUCCACUGAUGAAAAUCUCGGGCGCCUUGUGGUGGGUGGAUCAGGCCUUCUUGGUGUUCUACAUCGUGGAGCUGGGUCUGCGAUUCACAUUGUGGCAUGACCAGCUUCUUCUCCACCGCCCAUGCAUGAAGACGUGGCCCUACUGGCUGGAUACCAUCAUUGUGCUCACUUCUAUCAUCGAGCAGUGGCUGCUGCCCUGUUUCACGGACGUCUCGGGCACUGGGUUCGGCGCACUGCGGAUCUUCAGGAUCUUCCGCUUUGUUCGCAUCCUCCGCGUUUGCGGAAAGGCUUCAUCGACGGCAGACUGGGCGGACAACGACCUCUUCGUGGCAUUCAUGAUGGGUGUGAUCUUUCUCAAUUGCAUCAUGAUGGGCGUGCAGGAAGACUUCCCCGAUUGGAGUGGCUGGGGCUACUGUGAGAACAUCUUCCUGGGUAUUUUCGUCUUUGAGCUGGCCAUCCGAUUGGCCCACUUCGGCUGGGCCUUUUUCUGCAACGAUUCGAUGUGGAUCUUCAAUUGGCUUGAUUUCAUCAUUGUGGUGGGCGGCGUUGCUGACGAGUGGAUUAUCCCCAUCUACAACUUCCUGGCAUCGAACGUCGGGGCUGCAGAGCAGGAAACAACUCUCGGAACUGUCAUGAAUAUGUUGCGGGUAAUGCGGCUGGUACGGCUGCUGCGGUUGAUCCGAUUGGUCCGCAGUGUGCCCCCUUUGUACAACCUGCUCAAGGGCAUCCUGGAGGCUAUGCAGGGCAUGCUGUGGCUCCUGAUUUUGACUGUCGCGGCGCCUUGGCUUUGA